AUGUCUUCACAACCUCGACGCAGGCCACCACCGACCCUGCGAGUCCGGACAGGCUGUCUGACAUGUCGGCGGCGAAAGAAGAAAUGUAAUGAGGAUAAACCCACCUGCAAUGGAUGCCGCCGGAACAGACUGUGCUGCGAAUGGGCAUCCACAGAGAACGGCCGGCAGAAGAGAAAUAGCAGUGGUCGUGACGCUGUUGCUGACAACGACAACGGUGCUUUCGAUCUUGACGAGGAAAGUAGGGAUGACUCCAGAGCGAACAUGUCUGGCGUCUUCCCCGAUGAGACGGACGCAGACCAUUCAGAUAUUCCUCAAGUCAUCCCAUCAGAUAGCGAGCACUUCAUUUCGGACGUGGAGUACACGUUCUAUGGCAAUCUGACUGGAGACACAACUGAAAUCCAAAUCCCUCGAAGUCCAGCAAUGGCUAUCUCAACAGCACUCAUGAGCGCUGGAGAUUCGACUGAGAACGAGGGCUUGCUCAGUUUCUAUCUUGCUAGGACGGCUACAAGCAUGAGCAACGGCUCCACCGACCACAACCCGUUUGUGGUGGAGAUUAUUCCGCUGGCUUUUGGAAAUGGCCUCAUCUUGCAGGCUAUCUUGACACAGAGUGCAGCGCACCGAACAGUCGAUGAUCGAUCGCAGGGUCUGGAAAUCGCUCACCGACACUACUCACGAUCGCUGAGACUACUCCACCAAGCUCUGAGCAGUUUCACAGGCGUAGACGAGACUCAAAACAUUGGCAUGGCUAUGGCAGCUUUGAUCAUGUGUUUCACGGAGACCGCGCGCGGUGACACUCAUGGUGCCAUUUUCGAUCACUUGCUUGCCGCCAAGCCGUUGAUACAGAAAGUCUUGAGCAGCAGCGCGUUGUCAGGCGGCCUGAAAGAUUUCAUCGCUGAGUACUAUGUCUAUACGGCGACUCUUAGUUUGAUCUCUGUCGACGCUCGAUUUGGGAGCCUCACCUUUCUCGACCCUGAGCUGGAGGUUCAGGCAUGGCGGCUACUUGAGAAGCGAUACCUUGGUCAUCUCUGUGGCGUCUGGUUGGAGCUUCUGCUCUUGAUACCUCGCAUCUGGAUGUAUCCAUCUUCCGACGAUGUUGCCCUAAUCGGGUUUCUACACCAUAAGAUCCAGUGUUUCCACCCUCCUGCUGAUGCUGGAACGGAUGUCGCAGCUGCAAGCCGGGUGUACCAACAGGCAAUGCUGUUGUAUCUCUGGACAACCCUUUCAAAUGUUGGGAGUCUUGCCGAAGGACCAUAUUCUGGCAUGAUCAAGCAAGUACUCUCUGGCGCCAUGGCCUGCCUCGAGCAAAUACCAUUCGAUGGCCGCGUCAACACAAGUCUUUGUUGGCCUCUUGCAGUUAUUGGUGUCUGUACAACGGACGAAUUUCAAAAGAUGCUGAUAAGGUCUCGGCUCUUGGUAAUGAAACAAACGAUCAAACUUGGCAAUAUCAAGCAAACUCUCGUUCUUCUCGAACAUGCUUGGGCAUCUCCAUCGCUACACCAGGGGCCAUGGUCUCUCGGUCGCAUUAUGCAAGAAAACGAGAUUUGGAUAUCCUUUGCUUGA